GUUGCUUUCUUGGACGAGAAUGCUUUGAUGAUCUAACAGGACCCAAAUAGAAGAGGGACUGAAAUGGCGGCGCCUUACCACUGGCAGAGCCACAAUGUCAAGACCAGCGGGGUGGAUGAUAUGGUUCUCCUCCAAAAAAUUUCGGAGUCCGCAAUCGUCGAGAACCUCAAAAAGAGACUCAUGGAGGAUACUAUCUUCACCUAUAUUGGGCCUGUGCUGGUCUCGGUCAACCCAUUCAAACAGCUGAGCAUCUUCACAGAUAGAGAGGUGGAAAUGUAUCAAGGAGCUGCUCAGUAUGAGAAUCCUCCUCAUGUUUAUGCCUUGGCAGACAACAUGUAUAGAAACAUGAUGAUAGACAUGGAAAACCAGUGUGUCAUUAUCAGUGGUGAAAGUGGCGCUGGAAAAACAGUGGCGGCCAAAUUUAUUAUGGGUUUCAUUGCCAAAGUCUCUGGUGGUGGUCCUAAAGUUCAGAGAGUCAAAGAUGUUAUACUGGAGUCAAAUCCAUUGUUAGAAGCCUUUGGAAAUGCUAAGACAGUCCGUAAUAAUAAUUCUAGUCGAUUUGGUAAAUAUGUGGAGAUACAGUUCAGUCGGGGUGGUGAACCAGAUGGGGGAAAAAUAUCAAACUUCCUUCUAGAAAAGUCUCGUGUUGUGAUGCAAAACCAGAAUGAAAGAAAUUUCCAUAUUUUUUACCAGAUGUGUUUUGGUGCUGACAAUAAAAUUAAAGAGUCACUAGGUCUCACUAAUCCAGAUUAUUAUAUGUACCUGAAUCAGAGUGGAGCUUAUAAAGUUGAUGGAACAGAUGAUGUUCAGGAAUUCAAAGAUACAAUGCAUGCUAUGACUGUGGUAGGCAUUCCAGAAGAAAACAAGGAGGACAUUCUGAGUCUCAUAGCAGCUAUCCUUCAUCUGGGAAAUGUUAACUUUAUAGAAGAUGGAAACUACGCCAAAGUACAGAACGAUGAUUUUUUACAGUACCCCUCUUACUUGUUAACUGUUGACCAGGAAUUUCUCCGCCAGAAGCUGACCAGUCACACCAUGGACAGUAAAUGGGGUGGAAAGUCUGAGAGGAUUGAGGUCACUCAUAAUGUAGAGCAGGCUGAAUUCACACGAGACGCCCUAUCAAAAGCCUUAUACUCAAGAAUAUUUGACUACCUUGUCAAUGCUGUAAACAAAGCCAUGAGGAAGGAUUAUGAAGAGAUCAAUAUUGGAAUUUUAGAUAUCUAUGGAUUUGAAAUCUUUCAAAAGAAUGGGUUUGAACAGUUCUGCAUAAACUAUGUGAACGAAAAACUACAGCAGAUAUUUAUAGAACUGACAUUAAAAGCUGAACAGGAAGAGUAUGUACAAGAAGGAAUCAAAUGGACACCAAUAGAAUACUUCAACAAUAAAAUUGUGUGUGAUUUAAUCGAGACUAAAUCUCCACCAGGAAUUAUGUGUAUUAUGGAUGAUGUCUGUGCAACCAUGCAUGCCGUAUCAGAAGGGGCAGAUCAGACACUAUUACAGAAAUUAGCUGGUGGAGUAGGAAGCCAUGAGCAUUAUCAGGGAUCCAGUAUAGGAUUUGUCAUUCAUCAUUACGCAGGAAAGGUGUCCUAUGAUGCUGAUGGGUUUUGUGAAAGAAACCGAGAUGUCCUGUUCCAAGAUUUAGUCAUGCUGAUGCAAUCCAGUCAGAAUGAGUUCUUAGUCAGUUUGUUCCCAGAAGAUCUUAGUCAGCAAACCAAAGGGAGACCAUCCACAGCUUCCAGUAAAAUUAAGACCCAGGCUAACAAGUUGGUGGAUACAUUGAUGAAAUGUACACCACACUACAUAAGAUGUAUUAAACCAAAUGAAACUAAGAAACCUCGAGAUUUUGAAGACAGCAGGGUGAAACAUCAAGUGGAGUAUUUGGGACUGAAGGAGAACAUCAGAGUCAGACGAGCAGGGUUUGCUUUCAGGAGAGAGUUCUCCAAAUUCUUGAGAAGGUAUGCAAUUUUGACCCCGGAGACGUGGCCUCAGUGGCGAGGUGAUCCACGACAGGGAAUCAAACACUUGAUGAACUAUGUCAACAUGGAUCCCGACCAAUGGCAGCUAGGGCACACCAAGGUGUUCAUCAAAAAUCCAGAAUCGUUGUUUUUACUGGAAGAGAUGAGAGAAAGAAAGUUUGACUCUUAUGCUCGGGUCAUCCAAAAAGCCUACAGGAAAUACCAUGCCAGGAAAAUGUACUAUAAAUUACGAGAAGAAGCCUCGGACAUUUUGUUGAACAAGAAGGAGAGAAGAAGACACAGUUUGAACAGGAACUUUGUCGGGGACUACCUGGGAAUGGAGGACAAUCCAGCAUUACGUACAUUUGUUGGCAAACGAGAGAGGAUUGAGUUUGCUGAUACUGUGCUGAAGUUUGACAGAAGGUUCAAGAUUGCCAAGAGAGAUCUUCUUUUAACAGCAAAGAAGAUCUAUUUAAUAGGAAGGGAAAUAGUAAAAAAAGGUCCAGACAAGGGGAAAAUGAUAGAGGUUCUAAAACGUGACAUUCCACUAGAAAGUAUAAAACAGGUGUGCUUAAGUCCUUUCCAGGAUGAUAUAUUUGUGAUACAUAUAGAAAAUGACUUCAGCAGCAUGUUAGAGUCCAUGUUUAAAACAGAAUUUCUCAUGACCUUGAAAAAGAGAUACAAGGAGAAAACAAACAGAGAGCUCCCAAUAAGUUUUUCAGAUGUAAUUGAGUUCCCUGUUAAGAAAGAAGGAUGGGGAGGAGGUGGAACUAGGGUGAUAAAGUUCCAGAGGCUACCCCAACCAAGUGAUAUAGCCAUCCUUAAACCAUCAGGGAAAACACUGACUGUUUCCAUAGGUCCAGGAUUACCCAAGGACUCGCGUCCUGGGAAGACAAAGAUGGCAGUCAGUAAUGGCAGCAUGAGAUCUAGAAGGGCGGGGUCACAAAGAGGACCCCCCUCAAGGCCUGCCCCUACCAGACCUCCACCAAACUUUGCUCCACCAGCCAUACCAGGGUCAGAACCACCACAUAUGGGAGGAGGAAAGCGGCGAUCUCGCCUUAAUAGUGACCAUGCCCCCUCACUGCCUCAGGGUGGAUUCCAACAGGUUCUACGGAGGAGUAAGAAGAAUGCCCCAAUAAACAAUAACUUCAUGGCCACACCAGAAGCUGGCCAGGCAGGAAUUUUAGCCAAGUUAGACCAGGAAAGAAUGACGUCACAAGUCCAGAGGAGGAAGUCUGGGGGAAAGCCUCCACCCCCAGGGGCAGGUAGACCCAAACCCCCACCCCAGAAACCCAAACCUAGUCUACCUAAAUGUCGUUGUCUUUAUGCUUAUGAUGCUCAGGACACAGAUGAGCUUAGCUUCAAUGAGGGAGAUACCAUUGAAAUCCUCAAAGAGGAUCCUGCAGGUUGGUGGAGGGGCCGAUUACGAGGUAAGGAGGGACUGUUUCCUGCCAAUUACAUAGAAAAGAUGUGAUAUGUAUGUAGCCUUUCGAUAUCCACAAUCUGACUGGUGAAGGAAGACACAUCUCCAGUAGGUAAUGGCAUGUAAUGUGGAAGGUAUGAAUGGACUUCUUUCUAACCAUGGAAUUAAAAGGGCAAGCAACUCUUGGAAACUUGUUUAAGUGAUAUUCAUGUUUUAGAAAAGUAAAUGCUAGUUUAAAAAAAUCUGAUGAUCAGUAAGCCUUUUGUAGUAUUUAGUAGGAAACUUUUAAAAUGACUUUAUUAAAUCCUGGAUUAGUGACUUGAACAUGACCAAUACUGUCUGAUCUCCGAUUCUCUUCAGGAUUAAAAAUACAUUAUAAAAGACUAUGCAGAAUAAAACAGAUGUCAAUACCAUGUUCAUUGGCAUUGUUUUAAGUGAUAUACAUGUGAUUUGGGUGUAUCAAACUUUUAUCGAUAAUAUUUUUUUUUGUAGUCUGUCUGUUACAUGUAUAAUGCUAGCUUUUCUCAGUUACAUAUAUAUCAGUUUUAUUAUCUUAUCCACAAUGUAGCAAACUUUUAAUUCGAGAAAGAAGAAAAUUACUUUGAAAAGAUUUCUGUAUUUGUAGGCAGUGUACUUGUACAUAUCUCAGAAAUUGAAAAUGAAAGUAGAUUACCAGCAAGAUUAUAAAGCAAAUAUUAUUAUAUAAAAAUAUCUCUUUGAACUGAGCUCAAAAACUUGAAUUAGAAUUUGUUUUUAAUUUAAGAAUUAAACUUUGGAAAAGUUGUUCUUGUAGAUACAACAUUGUUCAGCUUUGAACAUUGUAUUGUUGAUAUAUUUUACAAGUCUUGUUAUUGUUGGAGAGGUCAUAAUUGUUAUUAUUUGUUUUAUUCUAUGAAGUUUCUUGUUAUCAAUCAACAACUGGUGCUUGUGAGGAAAUCUAUUUUAUAUCAAGGCUAGAUCCAUUGUUCAACACCUCUAUGCAUUUUUCUCCGUCCCUCAAAAUGAAUUUUGAAAUCACUUUUCUCGGGAUAAACCAAAAGCGUAUUAUAUUCUUAAUCAAAGUAAAUGAGAAUUUUAUUGGAGUUUACCUCAAACUUCAUAGGGAGACUUUUUUUUUACUUUUGUUCAAACAUUGUGAAGUUUAUUCUCAAUUGUUAGUAUAAAAUAUUUUAAUAGAAAAAAAUAUAUAGUAAGCAAGCAAGACAGUGUUACAGUUGUAUGCUAGGAUAUGAACUUUUAAAUUUUUUUUUUUUUUGAGUGAAUGCUUUAUAUGAUACAUGAAUUCCUAAGGAAUAAUGUCUCAAAUCUCACUUGUAUAAUUCAAGUGAAAUCCACAGGGCUAUACAAUGAUGUAUUUAAGAGCUAAAAUUCAACAAAAAUCAGAAAUGAAACCUAUUUGAAAUUUUAUAACUGUACAUUGUAGAGAAGAAGUUAACUGCUUUAAAACAGUAAAUCAAUCAAUAAAAAAAAUUCCAUUUCUAGAUUUUAUUUUGCUGUUAGGAAGGCAGUGUGUGCCAUGCUGUACAUUCCCUUGGUCAAUGGCAAUUUUUUUCUCUCUCAGUUUAUAAUCUGUGGUACAUGACAUUGCAUCAUAUAUCACCAUGACUUAUCAACUUGUUAUUCUAAUAUAAAGAUCUGUUAUUUUUUUAACAACUGAUAUUUUUAUAUGCAUAUUUUCUCAUUAUGAUUAUUCAUUAAAUUGCAAUAUUGUAGCUUUUUA